CAGUGUCAAUGUCUGUUAUGUUUUAUAAAUAUUAUGAUUAUGGCGGUUGGUAGCGUCGUUUCAAUAAUAAUUAUUUUCGUUAGUUCUAACGUGUAAACCGAUAAAAAUAAACUUUCGUGCUGUAUUUUUUAAUUACAACGUUAUAAUAAUAUGCAACAUGGAGUCUCAACAAGCAAAUCGACGCAAAAGAGUGGCAAAUUUCACAGCACACGAAAAACAUUUACUGGCACAGCUAAUUAAAAGGAGACCAAUUGUGCUAUCAAAAGUAACAGAUGGCAAGUCGGUCGCCAAAAAACAAGUGGCAUGGCAGCUAAUUACACAGGAAUUUAAUUCUAGUGUCAAUGUUCACAAGCGCGAAACUAUAACUUUGAAAAGGGCGUGGGACAAUAUGAAAGCUGUCACACGAAAAGCUCGUGCAGAAAGAAGGGAUUCAAGUACGAAUGGAGCUGGCCCGCCCGCGCCGCCCUUAUCACCACAAUAUGAACCCAUAAUAACCGUGGUUGAAGCGGCACCUACAUUGAAUACUGAAACAAAACAUUCAUUUGACAGGGAUACCAUUUCAAAUUCUAUGGAUAGUCAAGAAUCAAUGGAUAACCCAGAUCCUUUAGACAUUGACUAUAAGAUAAAUUCCCCAGGAGCUAACCAGCUUGACGAUGAAGAACCUUGUAACAAUUACCGUGCUAAGAAUAAUGCAAAACAAUCGAUCAAAAGAGAUGAUCGUGUGCAUAGACCUACCGACUAUAUCCGUCGGGAGGCUAUCUUACGCAUCAGACAUUUAGAAAAUAAGAAAAAAGUUGAAAUGCAGAUAUUAGAAACACAGCUGGAAAUUGAACAAAUUAAAAAGAGAGCAGCGUUGUUAGAGGAAGAGAGAAAUAAAUAUAGUUUAGAAAAAGCUAAAUUAGAAUUAGAGGAAAUGAAGAAAUGUAAUAAGAACUAUUAUUAAAAUAAAAGUUAUUAACUGAUUA